AUGCUAUUGCCUCGGAAAGCAAACUGUGACAAACCGGCACGGACUGAAACCCGAAGAAAGUCCCCGACUCCCCUCCGCUAAAAGCAAAGCGGCAAAAACCCUAACUCUCCUCUUCGCUUUCCUUCCAUUCGCAAAUCAAGCAUCUUAUCUUGGCUCAGGAUCUUGAGGUUUUCUGACGGCAUUUAGGUUGAAGGAGAAGAUGGCUUCGCGUUUCUGGGGACAGGGUGAUAGCGAAUCUGAUGAGGACAGUGAUUAUGGAGAUGAGAUUGAGGAUAGACAAGCUGACGAGUCUACUGCCCAAACUCCUGAGAACAAAUAUCUUAGAGGAACUGCUAGUGAUAGUGAUGAGUCUGAUGAUCAAAAGCGUGUGGUCAGGUCAGCCAAAGACAAGCGUUUUGAGGAGAUGUCAGCCACUGUUGAUCAAAUGAAGAAUGCAAUGAAGAUUAAUGAUUGGGUCAGCUUGCAGGAGAGCUUUGAUAAGAUGAAUAAGCAACUUGAGAAAGUCAUGAGAGUGAUGGAAUCAGAGAAGGUUCCCGCGCUUUACAUUAAAGCUCUGGUAAUGCUGGAAGAUUUCUUGAAUCAGGCUUUGGCAAAUAAGGAAGCUAAAAAGAAAAUGAGCAGCAUUAAUGCCAAGGCCUUGAAUGCAAUGAAGCAGAAAUUGAAGAAAAACAAUAAACAAUAUGAAGAUCAGAUUAAUAUAUCUAGGGAACUCCCUGAAAGUGAGGAAGAACCAGAGGCUGAUGAGGAGUCAGAAGAGGAGGAAGAGUCUGAUUUGGAUUUUGAGGAGGAUCCUUCAAAGCUUGUAAUAUCCGAAGAGGAGGAGGGUGUCAAUGACCAAUCUGAAAAGGAUGGGGGCUGGGAGAAGAUGAUGAGUAAGAAAGAUAAGCUCAUGGAUAAGCAGUUUGCAAAAGAUCCUAGUGAAAUCACCUGGGAUAUUGUAAACAAGAAAUUUAAAGAAAUUGUUGCUGCCCGGGGUAGGAGGGGAACUGGAAGGUUUGAGCAGGUUGAACAGCUAACUUUCCUGACGAAAGUUGCUAAGACCCCUGCACAGAAGUUGGAAAUUCUUUUUAGUGUGGUCUCUGCCCAGUUUGAUGUGAAUCCUGGUCUCAGUGGGCACAUGCCUAUACAUGUCUGGAAAAAUUGUGUGCAGAACAUGCUGGUUAUUCUUGACAUUCUGGUACAGUAUCCUAAUAUUAUUGUGGACGACACAGUUGAACCUGAUGAGAAUGAAACCCAGAAAGGAGCAGACCAUAAUGGGCUGAUUCAGAUUUGGGGAAACUUAGUGGCAUUUCUUGAGAGAAUGGAUAUUGAGUUCUUUAAGAGUUUGCAGUGCAUUGAUCCGCAUGCACGUGAGUACAUUGAGAGACUGCAGGAUGAACCUAUGUUUUUAGUUCUUGCUCAGAAUGUCCAAGAAUAUCUAGAGCGUGUUGGAGAUCUUAAAGCUGCAGCAAAGGUUGCCUUAAGACGUGUUGAGCUGAUCUAUUACAAACCACAAGAGGUUUAUGAUGCAAUGAGAAAGUUGGCUGAACAGACAGAAGAUGGAGGCAAUGGUGAGGACCCUAAGGUUGAGGAAAGUAGGGGUUCCUCUGCGUUUGUUAAUACUCCGGAGCUUGUGCCUCGAAAGCCUACCUUUCCUGAGAAUAGCAGGACAAUGAUGGAUGCUUUAGACUCCCUCAUUUACAAGCCUGGAGAUGAGCGGACCAAAGCUCGUGCAAUGCUCUGUGAUAUCUACCACCAUGCUCUCCUGGAUGAGUUCGCAACCUCCCGUGACCUGCUAUUGAUGAGUCUCCUGCAAGAUAAUAUUCAGCACAUGGACAUUUCAAGCCAGAUACUUUUCAACAGGGCUAUGGCACAACUUGGUUUAUGUGCAUUCCGUGUUGGUCUAAUUGCUGAAGCACAUGGAUGUCUUUCUGAAUUGUAUUCAGGUGGAAGGGUGAAGGAGUUGCUUGCACAAGGUUUUUCGCAAAGCCGAUAUUAUGAAAAAACUCCGGAACAGGAAAGACUGGAAAGGAGACGCCAGAUGCCAUAUCAUAUGCACAUAAAUCUUGAACUUCUGGAGUCUGUCCAUCUCAGUUGUGCAAUGCUGCUGGAGGUCCCCAGCAUGGCAGCCAAUGUUCUUGAUGAUAAGCGCAAGGUCAUUAGCAAGACAUUUAGGCGGCUGCUUGAUGUAAGUGAGAGGCAAACUUUCACUGGUCCUCCUGAAAAUGUAAGGGACCAUGUAAUGGCUGCUACACGGGCACUUAGGAAAGGAGAUUUCCAGAAGGCAUUUGAUGUUAUUGAGUCUCUUGAUGUCUGGAAGCUCCUCAGAAAUAGAGAUGGUGUUCUUGGGAUGCUUAGAGCCAAGAUUAAGGCAGAAGCUCUGAGGACCUACCUGUUUUCGUACACCUCCUCCUAUGAUUCGCUUGGCCUGGACCGGUUGACCAUAAUGUUUGACCUUUCAGCAUCUGAGACUAAAGUCAUUGUCAGUAAAAUGAUGAUCAAUGACGAGCUCCGAGCAAGCUGGGACCAGACAACACAGUGUAUUGUAUUCCAUGAUCUUGAGCACACAAGGUUGCAGGCUUUGGCGUUCCAGUUGACAGAGAAGCUUUCAAUCCUUGCUGAAAGUAAUGAAAGGGCAAUGGAAGCAAACAUGGGCGGUGGCGGUUUGGAUCUGCCUCAGAGAAGGAGGGAUGGCCAGGAUUUUGCUAACCUGGCUGCUUCAGGUGUUAAGUGGCAUGAAAACUCAUCUUUCACUCAUGGAAGGCAAGGUUCUGGACGUUCUGGAUAUGGUGGUGGUGGGAGGCCACAGGUUUUAGGCCAGGUUUUCGGGACUAGCUAUUCGAAGGGGGCAAGCAAUUUGCGAGCUGGAGGUGGAUAUUCUGGAGGCUCUCGAUAUCAAGAUGCUCCAACUCGCAUGGUUUCUCUUAAUAAGGGAGCCCGUGCUUGAGAAGUUUUGUUAGUUUUUUUUAAAACACUUUAGACCAAUUUUCUGCCUUUUUUUUUUUUUUUCCCUCUAUUUUGAUUAACCUCAAGCUUGUAGAAUGUCCAAUAUCUAGCAUCCAAGAGGCCCCUUUACGAAUUUUGAAAGUACAUGUAUCUUUUAUUUAAUUUUGAUUUAUUUGGUUCAUGUGUCGUA